AUGUCCAUUGUCUUCGUCCUAUCGUUUCUUCCGUUGGAACUUACGCUUCCGAACCUCAUACAUUUUGAUGUCACAUUGGAGGAACCAUGCAGUUGCACCCUGGAUUCAACCCCAACGCCAGUUCUCAAGCAUUUAGCAGCCUUCAUUGCCACCCAUGCAAACACCCUUCAAUCGGUAGCGCUGGUCCUUCCAAAGCCCCUGGAUCCUACAGAAAUCUUUGAUCCUCUCCUAGAGGCAUUGAGCCGCAUUGCUCACCCCCGCGAUCUCAGAAUGGCUUUACCAUUUCAUUCAAUACCAUCCUCCAAACUGCGAUCCUUGGUAGAGUUCAUUGGCAGCAGUCUUCAGGAUCUCCGCUUACGCACCAGAUACACACAAGCCGAGGAAAACAGCGCGCUGUCCUGGAUCCGUCAGGACCUUCCUCUUUGUCCCUUCCCAAACUUGCGCACGUUGGCCGUCGGGCGUAGACUACUGCCUUCUCACUACAAUGGCGCCGUCCAGUGGCUUCAAUCGUUUGGUACAGUAACCAAGCUUGACCUACGUUACGACGUGCCUGUUACUUACAAGGAUUACGACUACGAGACAUUGCUCCAGUUUUUAGGUUCACAAAACACGAUAAAGUGCUUGCGCCUCGAGGUGCCUGUUCUUGACUCCCAUCUCCUCACCCAACUUGGAUACUUCCGUGCAGAUCUUGACGAAGAGGCACUUGGAAAAUGGACUUUGAGACAUCUCCGAAUGGCUUCCCCUCGUUUCUCGAGGAAAGUCGUCAAGAUGUACUCAAACUCUGUUGCGGAGUGCUUACCAACACUUCAAAGUUGGACGUCUUUUGGACGACAACGACUUGUCGAUUAG